GCAUUUCAUUAACCAGCCGGGCCAACUAGCAGCGUACCUAAUGAGCAUGCAAGCAAUUGUGGGGAUGCACGGCGAGAUUGAGCACCAGGUACCUAGGCAGAUUACAUACGCAGCCAGUUACGGUUCCACCUCCCCCCUCAUCGUCCUCCAACGAACCUCCAUCGCAGACGGCACAACGACGCGGUUCUCCGAUCGAACGAAAGCCCCAGCUCAUGUGCACAAUACCGGAACCUCUCGCACACGGUACCUGCCGCAGUCGCCUACCGGUACUAGUAUUCGUAUUCAACUGACGACGGAGUCCGGACACGAGACGAGACGAAUUCGCCCCCCACCCACGUUUGUCCAUCGAUACGAUACGAUAUCCCAUUUCGCCCCCUCCGAUGGUCGACACCAGCGCCCCGCUCCUCCGAGUCAGCCGCCCCGUGAGCGCGUGCUCUCGCUGCCGCAGCGCAAAAGUGAAGUGCGACGGUAAACUUCCUGCGUGCACAGCGUGCGAACGGGCCGGCAAAGCCCACGAGUGCACCGGAGGCAGCGACCAGUUUGCGCGCGGGAAGGAGCGCAGCUAUGUCGCUUCCCUCGAAUCAAAGCUCGAAAAGCUCGAGAAGCGCUUGUCCGCCCUCGAUUCCUGCUGCGGCUCGGUUCAGCUCGAUGAGCUGGAUAUGGCGAAUGGGAACUCGACACCUGUCCUGACGGCUGCCGCCGCGGCGGAUCCCCUCAGUAGUCCCCGUGCCACGAGGAGGAGGAAGUUGGAGGAUGAUAAUGAGAUCGAGGACUUGGUUGCGGAUCUGGGAUAUAUGGCCAUCAAUGCGGUAACUCGCGAUUUCUACGGAUUCGCCAACGACAUCUCUUUCGGCCGUAUCGCCUUGCGGGCCUCGUCCGUCUCGAGCAUCCUGAACUCCAAACCCCGAGCCCGUCUCCCUCCCCGCCAUACCGCCACGCGUCUCGUACAGCACUACUUCGAUAAGAUCUUCACCACUCUGCCAUGUCUCAACGAGUCCAGCUUCUUCGGCGCCGUGGAAUCCGUCUACCGUGACGAAUCCGCGGCCUCGCCGUUCGACGUGUUCUGCGUUUACAUGGUGCUGGCCGUGGGAACAAUGUCGCUCUCCAAGUCGCAGGACUCCCCCGCCGCGCACAACGCCGCCUGCUUCGUCAAGGCUGCGCUCGAGCACACCGACACGGUCAUCACACCCUCCGAACUGAAGGGCGUUCAAGCCACCCUCCUCCUCGUCCAAUACGCGAUGCUGGAGCCCAGCCACUUUAACGGCUGGUACCUGAUCGGCGUGGCCUCGCGCAUCAUGAUCGACAUUGGCCUCCACCAGGAGCCCCUAAAGGUCUCGAAGCGCAGGCCCACGGAGAUGGAUCUACGGCGCCGCGUCUUCUACUGCGUCUACACCCUCGAUCGCUCAAUUUCGAUGGUCCUCCAACGCCCCUUCACCUUCUCCGACGACUCGGUCCUCGUCAGUCUCCCGCGCGUCUCGGAUGCGCCCCUCCGCAACACGCUGACGCCAAUGGCGGCGGCCACGCACCUCUUUAAGCUCCGCAUGCUCCAAUCAGACUGGUACCAAGCUCUGCACCUCUCUGGGUCCUCUCCGCUCCCCAACCCCUCGGAAUACAUAUCGCACCACACCUCGGCGCUCCAAUCCUGGCGGGACCAAAUCCCGCCCACCAUGUCCCAAUCCACGCGCGACUGGCUGUUGCUGGAGUGGCACUACCUAAACAUCUACAUCGCCGCGCCGUCUCCGCGGAUCCCCUCCUCGUCGCCCAGAUCCAUGGCGCAGAUCUACGCGCACAGCAGCGCGUACUCCGCCUUCUUCCGCGCGAUCCUCUCGGACUCGCCCUCCAGCGGGUUCGUGUACACGUACCACGACGCGCUGCGCACGUACUUCGUCGGCUCGAACCUGCUGCACGCGCUGUACCGCGCCGAGGACACGCUGCUACCCGAGUCGCUGCCGGAGGGGGAGCUGGAACGCGCGAUUGAUGCCGUCGAGGGGAUUUCCGACGUGCUUACCGGGAUGAUUGUUAGGUGGCCUGAUGCGGAGGCGCUGAGGGAUAAGUUUGCUGGCGAGGCGGGGUUUGUAAUCGAUAGGCUGAGGAGAAGGUGUGAGGUGGAAACGAGGAAGAGGAGGAGGUUUGAGUGGCUUGAACACGGGCAGGGACACGGGCAGGGCCAGGGACACGGGCAGGGACACGGACUGGGACACGGGCAGGGGCAACAGGGCCACGGACAACAGGGACAGGCGUUUGUGAUGGGCGGACAUGUGGCCACCGCGGAUUUUGGGAAUGUCGCUUUCUAUCGGUACGCUUAGGGAGCUUAGGGAACAUUGGGAGGGGGGAGGAGUUUUUGCUGCGGAGGCUUCCGUUUUUUGUUUCCUUCUCUUUUUGCUUUUAUGUUUGGUUAUCUAUGGCUUUUUGGAUGUACGAUUGUGCGGAUUUAAGGUUGGUUAUCUAGGUGCUUGGCUAUGAUAUCGGUAGGCGUCGUUCAUGUAGGUAGCAAACGUCGUGUUAUAACUUCUCGGUCUUU